AGAAUUAAAAGAACGAUUGGAGGAGUCAGAAAAGUUGAUCCAGGAAAUGACUGUGACUUGGGAAGAAAAGUUAAGAAAAACUGAAGAGAUAGCACAGGUUUGCUGAUUUUUCUUUUUCUGUAUCUGUUUGUAAUGCUUAUAAACAAUAGGUUUGCUUCCUUUGUUUGUGUGAAUCUCUCAUGCUUAUGGGUAAGUAGGUCAAGCUUACCGCCCUUGUAGAAAAACUUCAUUUAAAUCCUGUGAUAGCUGGCUCUCUCCCAGAUUACAAUUCUAGAAUGACAAUAAUAAAUUGUCAUUCUAUGCAAAUUAAGGGGUUGUUUGGAAAAAAAAAAUCCAUGGAUGAGAGGAUUAUAGGGAUUUUGUGUUCUUCAGACAGCAAAAUUGUUUUUUCUGUUGAAGGAUGGAGCACUGAGAAUGUUAAAUGCAAGGUUACAUACAGAGUGCCUUAAUACCGAAGGCAAAGAGCAUUCAGAAUAUUAAAAAAUAGAAUGUUUGCAUUCCUGUUUGUUUUAAUACCUCCUACACCCCUAUUUAAUGCCUCAGAACAUAAUUGAAGGUGAUAGCUACACUGAAAAAUUGUGCAGGACACCAGGAUUAUUGCAUGACACUUCCAAUUCUUACCACACAAAUGCUGAUGUAUAUAUUUGCAGUAGGGAACACUGAAGGGGGGGAACUAUUGAAAGGUGAUGAAUAGCUAGUAAGAAAAUUGAGCCUCCAGUACAAAGCCCUUUUUAUAGAUGGCAUGAUCAGAAUAGGCCUUGACUUGAGUUUUAAAGAUCCAUUGUAAGAAAUGUUCCUUCAAAUAAGAGGGCUUCCUGGCUUCCAGAGCAGAAUCAUACCACAUGGGAGCACCCUCUGUAUAAGGGUGAAAUUUAAUAAUAAUAAUUCUGAUCUCAUGUUACACAGUAGGCGUAGAAACCCUGGGUAUGCAAGGAGGUUGAUGAAUCAAAAUAAGGAGAUCAACGCUCCAGAACAAAUCUGCCUUGAUGUUUCCAUACAGCUACUUGCUUUGGCUCUCUUCUUCAUCUGAAUUCUCAACCUGCUCCGAGCCUUGCAGCUGUAGAGGAAGUCAGGUUUGUUCAGAGGAAGGACGAGGACCGGUGUUUGUGCAGUAGAGGGCUGUUUCAGUGCCAUAUGAAGGAACUUUCUCACAUCAUUAUCAGGCGUGCAUGAGCCCAAGGCUAAAGGCAUUUAUGUUAUGCUUUGUCAUGUGGUUUUAUUCCUAGCCAGCCUCCACCACCAUCUGCCUGACAAAUUUUAGUGGUAGAAUGUAAAGAUAAUUGUAAAUCUUGGAGAAGGAUCAUUCCUCAUGAAGAAUAAGAACUGCUGAAGAGGCACUUUGUAGAGAUGGAGGGACAAUAAGGUUUCAAAGCCUUAAAGACAAGGCAGUUUUUUCACAUUUUCACAGAGUAUUUGACAUACUUCUGAUGUAUUUUACAUUCUUCAGUUACUCAACGCUAGGUAUUGGUCAAAAGUUAAUGGAAACUGGCUCAUUUUCUUUAGGUGAACCUUGUGAGUUUUAGACCAUGGGCCAAGGUCUCCUUUCUUCGUCUGUGACUGUAGAUGGUACGGAAUGAUGUGAACAUCAGAGCCUGGCACUGGUGAUAGAAGAGGGAGCUUUGACAUCACAUUGCGGUUUUCCUCUGUUCUUUGUUUUGCUCUCUCUAACAAACACACAUGAAUUUUCCUUUCAAGGACACUGUUGGUUUCAUAGUGUGUGGGAAGACAGGGUAGAGAAAAUGAAGAGGGAGUUGUGCUUGCCAUUCUUUGCAAUUUUAAUUUUGGUUAUACCAGAUCAAGCUUUGAUGUUGAACAGAGAAUUAUACUCAAUACUAUGACAUGGUAAGUUUUUUAAUGCAGUGCAUACUCAUAAGUAAAGUUCAGAGUCAUGAUGAACUUCCCUCCAUUAUUCCUAUAUUAUCUCUUCUAAAUAUCUCUUAGCAAGUCUCAGUGGCACAAGUAAAGCUGUUGUGAGUCUCUCGUGCUUUUUACUUAUUUGUUUUACUCUCCCAUUUUUUAUUCCUCUUAGUAAUUCCCUGAGAGGCCUCCCAUGUUUUUAUUUCUUAUUUUGUUUGCUGUUGUGGAUAGGGAGUCUCAUUUCACUUUCAGUUUCUAUAUGAUCCUUGAAUCCAUUCUCAGUAUUCUUAUCUCUUUUUUUGCAGAAGAAUCCCUUUCUGUUUUGUUUUCUCUUUAAGACAGAAAUGCUUAAUGUUCCUAUUUCCCCGCUUUAGUCUUCACCCUACCACUUCCCUUUGAAAGAUGUACUUUUUUGCACAGUAAUGCUUUGUUGUGGAAUUCUAUGAAGUCCAUUGACAAGAACAAAACAUCAUCCAAAAUGGUACUGUUCUUGUUCAGCAGGAAGUGUUAUUUGCAUUGCUUAAAUAGAAGGUUGUCAGGUUUUGGUCAUUUUGAUUUCUAAGGAAUAAAAGAUAGACAUGGAACUUGAUUUGGCAGGAAGUUGACUUAACUUUGAGCCUUCUAGCUCGAAGGAGAAAAUAAAGGGCUGAAGAGAUGGCUUUGUGGUAGUGCUUGCUAUUCAGUGAGGUCACGGAGAAGCUCCUACAGUACUGCAGUGUGCUGCCUUCAGCUGUUGUCAUUUUGCACUGAGAGGAUGCAACUGUGUGAGACCACAGCACGUAGCACUCCUAGUCCAGAGGCAGAAGGACCAGAGAAAUCUGGUCCUUACACAUCCUGCUGUAAAGUUGGAUACAGCUCAGGCUUUUGCGUCUCAUCUAUCGAUAGCAGAAGAAAGAGCUGUCUUUUUCAGGAGGAGCUGCCCUUUGUUUUGCCUUGCCGUUUUUGGCAGGAGCGUCAGAAACAGUUGGAAAGCCUUGGCAUAUCGCUUCAAUCUUCUGGAAUAAAAGUUGGGGAUAAUAAGUGCUUCCUGGUUAAUUUGAAUGCAGACCCAGCUCUCAAUGAACUCCUGGUAUACUAUUUAAAGGAGCACACGUUAAUAGGAUCAGACAACUCUCAAGAUAUCCAGCUAUGUGGAAUGGGAAUUCUUCCUGAGCACUGCAUUAUAGACAUCACCCCAGAAGGACAGGUUAUGUUAACACCGCAAAAAAACACUAGGACAUUUGUGAAUGGUUCUGCUGUUGCGGGUCCUAUCCAGCUACAUCAUGGAGACAGAAUACUAUGGGGAAACAACCACUUUUUCAGGCUGAAUUUGCCUAAGAAGAAAAAGAAAUUGGAUCAUGAGGAUGAGGAGCGAGACAACUCUAUGAAGUGCAGUAAUAGUGUUGAGCAGCUGGAUGUAGAUGGAGACAAUUCCAGUGAAGUGUCCAGUGAGAUUAACUUCAGCUAUGAAUAUGCCCAGAUGGAAGUCACUAUGAAGGCACUUGGUAGUAAUGAUCCUAUGCAGUCGAUCUUGCAAAGCCUGGAGCAGCAACACGAAGAGGAGAAGAGAUCUGCACUUGAACGGCAGAGACUUAUGUAUGAGCAUGAACUGGAACAGUUACGAAGGCGAUUGUCACCAGAGAAGCAGCAUUUCCGCAGCAUGGACAGGUUCUCCUUUCAUUCUCCCAGUGCUCAACAGCGUUUAAGGCAAUGGGCAGAGGAGAGAGAAGAAAUGUUGACCCACAGCCUGAGAAAGCUGCGAGAGCAAAUUGUUAAAGCCAAUUUGUAUGUGAGAGAAGCCAAUUUUAUUGGAGAAGAAUUGGACAAGCGGACAGAGUAUAAAGUCACCCUCCAGAUCCCAGCUUCAAGCCUGAAUGCCAACAGUAAGAGAGGUGCAAUCCUCAGCGAGCCUGCUAUUCAGGUGAGAAGGAAAGGGAAAGGCAAACAGAUUUGGUCACUGGAAAAGCUGGAGAAUCGACUAGUAGACAUGAGGGAUCUUUACCAGGAGUGGAAAGACUGUGAGGAAGACAACCCAGUGAUGAGAGCUUAUUUCAGACGAGCUGAUCCAUUCUAUGAUGAGCAGGAGAACCACAGCCUUAUCGGAGUAGCCAAUGUCUUUCUUGAGUGCCUGUUCUAUGAUGUGAAGCUACAGUAUGCUGUUCCGAUCAUCAAUCAGAAGGGAGAGGUAUCUGGUCGUCUCCACGUUGAAGUUGUUCGAGUGAGCGGAGAGAUAGACGACAGGUUGGUUGGUGGUGAGGAUAGUCCUGAUUAUUUCAAUGAAAAUGACACUCAGGAGAGAAAACUUGUCUGCAGGAUUAAAAUACUUCAGGCAACAGGUUUGCCACAGCACCUCUCCAACUUUGUGUUCUGCAAAUACACAUUCUGGGAUCAUCUGGAGCCAGUUAAUGUUGCACCUGAGGUGGAUCCUUCUUUAUCCCCCAUCAGCAAGGAGCCACGCUGCAUGGUUGUCUUUGAUCAUUGCAACGAGUUUUCUGUAAAUAUUUCUGAAGACUUCAUGGAACAUCUCUACGAUGGUGCUCUGGCAAUUGAAGUGUAUGGGCACAAGCAGAGUGGUGACCGCAAAAAUCCAACCCUGUGGGAUUUGGGAAUCAUUCAGGCCAAAACACGGAGCCUUCGAGACAGGUGGAGUGAAGUGACCCGAAAAGUAGAGCUCUGGGUUCAAAUUCUAGAGCUGAAUGAGAAUGGGGAAUACUGCCCAGUUGAGGUGACUCCAGCCAAGGAUGUUUGCACUGGAGGCAUCUUUCAGCUCAGACAGGGGCAAUCUCGAAGAAUUCAGGUUGAAGUGAGAUCUGUGCAGGAAUCUGGGACCUUGCCACUGAUGGAGGAGUCAAUUCUAUCUGUUGGAAUUGGCUGUGUUCAAAUAAAACACGUUAAGUCACAAAAAGUACCUGAGAUUUAUCAGGAAGAAGAGGAUGAAAUGGACAGUUACCAGGAUAGGGAUUUGGAGAGGCUCCGUCGGAAGUGGCUGUGUGCCUUAACAAAGCGGCAGGAAUACCUUGAUCAGCAACUGCAGAAACUCGUUGGGAAGCCUGAUAAAACAGAGGAUGAUGCUGAUCGGGAGGCACAGCUUCUAGAGAUGAGGCUAACGCUCACUGAAGAAAGGAACGCUGUAAUGGUGCCUUCUGCAGGCAGUGGGAUCCCUGGAGCUCCAGCAGAGUGGACUCCCGUGCCUGGUAUGGAAACUCACAUUCCUGUUAUUUUCCUUGACUUGAAUGCUGAUGACUUUAGCUCCCAAGAUAACCUUGAUGACUCAGAAGCAGGUGGGUGGGAUGCGACUCUUGUUGCUGAAGAAGAGGAGGAAUUUUUUGAACUGCAGAUUGUAAAACAUCAUGAUAGCGAGGUGAAAGUAGAAGCCUCCUGGGAUUCCACAGUCCACGACUGCAUCCAGCUCAGUAAAGGAACAGCAGCAGAUGAAAGAGUUUACCUUAUUGUGAGAGCCACUGUGCAGCUCAGCCAUCCUGCAGAAAUGCACUUGGUGUUGCGCAAACGCAUCUGCGUCAAUGUUUAUGGCAGACAGGGCUUUGCACAGAGCUUCCUCCGGAGAAUGUCUCACCGAAGUUCCAUUCCUGGCUGUGGUGUCACUUUUGAGAUAGUCUCAAAUAUUCCAGAGGAUGCCCAAGGAGCUGAAGAGCGGGAAGCACUGGCCAGGAUGGCAGCAAAUGUUGAAGACGCAGCUUCAGCUGACUCUGAAGCCUACAUAGAGAAGUACCUGCGAAGUGUGCUGGCUGUGGAGAACAUUCUCACCUUGGAUCGUCUGCGCCAGGAAGUUGCAGUAAAAGAGCAGCUAAUGGGAAAAGGAAAACUCUACCGGAGGAGCCUGAGCUCUCCCAAUGUGAAUCGGCUUUCUGCGAGCCGCCAAGAUUUAGCUCCUCCUUAUAACCUGAGCAGUAAUCGGAGUCCAAAGGUCCCAGCAGAGGGCCGAUGGGAAAGUCAGCAAGAUGUAUCCCAAGGUGUCACAAACUCCAAUAGGGGCAUUAGUCCAACUCGUUCCUCUCUGCCAGGCUCCGGGCAGCAGAACCACUCCCCUGAUGCAGGUCUGGGUAGCCUUGCUGCUUCCUACCUGAAUCCUGUCAAGUCAUUCGUGCCUCAGAUGCCAAAGCUGCUGAAGUCUCUCUUCCCUGUUAGAGACGAGAAGAAGGGCAGGCAGACCUCACCUCUUGCACAGCAGGCUGUCCCACGGAUCAUGGUUCAGUCUGCCAGUAUCGAUGCCAGUGCUGCAAAGAUAAAGCAGCUGAACCAAGAGGCAGCAGGGAAACGACCAUUCGAAGCUGCGGUACGGAUGACAGAGGUGGAAAAGAGUCCCGAAAAGAUGCCCAAAGUGCCUUUGCAGCAGCCCACAGGAGAUGCCCAGGCACAGGACUCCCAGGAAGGGCCUCCAAGUCCUCUGAGCGAAGCCUCCAGCGGGUACUUUUCCCACAGUGUAUCGACAGCCACUCUCUCUGAAGCCCUCGCAGCAGGGAGUGAUGCUGUGGUUCAGCCAGGGGGACAGACGCCUGCCCUAAGUGACUUCCCAGCUCCUGCUGUGGCUCAGGGAUUUUCGGACACGCCAGGGCACUCAAACAGUCCUUCAGAAAGCUGUCUCAACAAUAAGGGGGAGAGUCUACCCACCUCCAGCCUUCCAAGUGCUCACACAAGAUCAAAAGACAGCACUGAAGUGAAUGGGAGUGAUGCUUUGAAAUCAAAAUCUUCUGCAUCUCCUGUGACUCAUAGUGAGCAGGCAAAUGAUGCCUCUGUAGCCACUGAUGCAAAAACCAUUCUUUCUACCUCUGCUCUAAGGAUGGAGUCAUCUAAACAAUCAAUGGAGUCAGCAGGACAGGCUGCUGGGAGAAAGGAAACAACUUCUGGGGCUUCUGAACUGGGGGCUCCCAAACCACAGGUUCAGCCCAACCAGUUGUCCCAGCCCAGCGUUGCCGCCUCCCCCUUCAAGAUCCAGAAAGUCAAGACUUCAGAGCUCAAGUCCUUUACCAGCAUGCUGGGGACUGAUCCCUCGUGUUCACUGAACACAGAAGAGGAGCAGCAAGAAGGAGAAAAGAGCGCAUCUGCAGCCCAUGGCCUGAGCCAAAAUGGGUCGGAGAUGGCAGAAGAAAAACUGGAAGUAGUUUCUGACUCUGAAGAUGCCAAUGAAAUUCCUGAGUGGCUGAAAGAGGGAGAAUAUGUCACCGUUGGUGCAAACAAAACAGGCAUCGUUAGAUACGUUGGGCCCACAGAUUUCCAAGAGGGAACGUGGGUUGGUGUUGAACUGGAUUUACCUUCAGGGAAGAAUGAUGGCUCCAUUGGAGGAAAGCAGUACUUCAGGUGCAACCCAGGCUACGGAUUGCUUGUAAAACCAGGCAGAGUUAAAAAGGCUGUAGGACCAGCGAGGCGACGGAGCACCGGCGUGAGGUUGCAGGGAGGAGCAUCCGGUGAGAACAGGAGGAGCGGCAACUUCUCUGGUUCAGCAUCCAGCCUGACUUCACUCACAGCCCUGGCUGCCAAGUCAGAAGGAGGACCCACAGUUCGGUUGGAGAAGAGCCAGAAAAACGCAGAGAACAGGAAAUCCUGGGCGAGUUGAGAGAGUGGCCUGCUGCAAAACACCCCAUGGCCGUGGACCCCCAUCUUUUAGCCUCAGAUGGCUAAAAGAAGCCCCGUGAACUUGUGGUUUGUGGCAAACACUAAUGAAGGGUUUUUUCUCUGCUUUGGGUGACUGGCAUGUUCAUUCCUUGCCUUGUGGUGCUGGGUCUAUAGCCAUAGUUUCCUGUUACACGUUGUGAUGCUGAGGUGUAGGGGUGACUGUGAGCUCUGCUCUCCUCCACCUCCCGGAGAAGGAGGAGAUGUGAGUUGUUCAAAUUCUGGCAUGACUUCCAGUGGCUACAAAACCCUAUGCACACCUCAGUGCUUGUCUGAGCACAGGUCCCCAAAAGAACCAAUUCUGUAUAAUUCUGUGAGAGCUAUAUUAAUUACAUAAUGCAUGGUGAAAGGGCAAGAUAAUGAUCCCAGACAGGCAGAGAAGGGAACAUGAAACUUAAUCUGGAAAUGAGGAACCCCUCAAAACUCCUUCAUUUAAAAAAACAGCAGCCCUCUGGUUGUGUGGCCCAGCAUCAGUGCCUGGUUUGAAUUCUGUUCUGUUGUCUUUCUGUGUAAAUCAGCACAAACUUCACUGCUGAUGGGAAUAAGAGCAGGCCCAUGACCCACUCUGUAAUAUUCUUGAUCCCUUCUUUCUACAGAAGAGGGGAGUUAGAUGAAUUGCCGUCUCCAAUCCAUUUAGUGUGUGCUCUCACCAUGCUGUGCUCCUCUCAGUGCCCCCAGGCACUACAGGACCUUCCCAUUUGCUCUCUUUUGGGUCAGGAGGAUUUUGGCAAAGAUGGCACUGAAGUGCUCCCAUUUCCCCAGCCCUUUGUCGGGUCCUGCCUGCUGCUCGAUUGAGCAUCUUGCCCAACCUUUGGGUCUUUGCCCAGCCUUUGGGUCUUUACCCAACCUAUGGGUUUUCAUCUAGCCUUUGGAUUUUCACCCAGCCUUUGGAUUUUCACCCAGCCUUUGGGUCUUCGCUCAACCUUUUUGUCUUUGCCCAACCUUUGGGUCUUUGCCCAACCUUUGGGUCUUCACCCAGCCUUUGGGUUUUCACCCAGCCUUUGGUUUUCACCCAGCUUUUCAAAGCAGAGGCUUGCUGCUGUUGUAACAGGAUGAAUCCAGUCUAUUUAUUUAUAUUUAUUGUGUUGAACUGAGCAAAGGUUGCGCUUUACAAUCACCCAUUGCCCGGCGUUGCACUGAGGAGCACAGUGCUAAGAGGAGCCCAACCCAGUGACAUGGAAACAAACCCAUGAAAGAGUCUUCCCCAAACCAACCCCUCCCAGAGGUGGAGGGUUGGCCUGGCUUUUAUACAACUUGAUUUUAUUUUUGGUAAAUAUUACUAGUUUUUAACACCCUGUGGCACAAAUUACAUACCUGUAUAUACUUGUGCACAUAUCUACGUACACUCAUUUUCUAACAAAUCAAGGAAGGCCACAGGCUUUUAUAUUCUGAGCUGUUUAUAUCUUGUUUAAGGAAUCAGGGGGGGGAUUUGACAGCUUGAGCAAUAGAGUUUUUAUCUACUUGGGGAAUAUUUAGGAUGCUGAAUUAAUGAUUAAACUUUAAUACGUAUCUAGUCUCUGUCCGUGCUGCAUGUGGGUAUCAAAGUGCCUUAGCCAUCUGGUUCAGAGGUCCAAGGGAGAGAUACAUUGUCAUCAGAGGAGACAGGGAUGCGUAGUGAAGGAGAUAAUUAUGCUGAUUUACUGUAAUUAAUAUCAUUUAUGCAGAAGGAAUAAAAUUAAAAUAGAAACUAAUCUGUAGCUGAAAUAAGUGGGAUGGGUUACAGUGCAGCAUGUGUAGUACUGCCAGGGAUUUGUAUCUCCUCUCAGCUUUUGUUAGUUUCAGUGUUUCCUGGAUUUUUGUAAAGAAAUCUUAAUCUGAAAUGUAUAGAGCAGCUUUUGAAGACGUUUUUAGCAUACAGUUUUUUCUCCUUUUCCUUUGCACGAAGCUCCUGUCCAUGCAAGCCAAGGUGAUGGGAGAAAUUCAGCAAUAAGGAGUUCCAAUGCUCAAAUUCCUGGUUUUUAUGGACACGAUCCGUGCAACAAAAUGGCAUUUUGCUUUGGGGCGUGAUGAGUCUCGCUGAUAGAAGACUUCCUGCUGGUUAAUAUGACACCUCUUACACUGCCUCGUCUGUUUUCUGAAAUCCACUUUUGAUGUUUUUCUGAUUGCACUCUGCUCUGAUGUGCUACGCAGAGGUAGCCCAUGGGAAGCAGCCCCAGCCUACGGGUUUUUGUAGUCUCAGCAUUUCAUUACAUGAGUUUGGGUUACCUUCACAGCAUGUUGAUGUUUGCAUGUCCCCUUUGGGGGGAUACGAAGGGAAGAAGCUGAGUCCUCCCACACCCCACUGCUCCGUUGAGGACUGCAGAUCUCCAGGGCUCAUAGGAAGCAGCAGAGGUGCAGGAGUGACAGGGUGCAGCCCAAGCAGCUGGGCAGUGGCUCACUAUGGGUUUUACCCACUGUAAAUUCCUCUGCCCGCACUUGUAUUACAGUUCUUCCUUUGUAGGGAUAUAUUUAAGUGUCUGGGACACGUGCUUGGAGGCUGCAGCCCGCUGCUGGGGGUGGGUUUCCUCUGCCUCUGCCCUUGUUUGUGUUACCACAACCUGUACGGAUGUGUUACCUUGCACUGUACGGAUUCAGAGGGGCACAAACAGCACUGACCUGCUACCUCCCCCAGGGUCAGUUGCCCUGGAAGCAAAUGUCUUAAAUGUGGCUGUGGUUGGGGUGUGUGCAAACGUUGUGCGAUAAGGAGGGCAGAGCUGCUCUGGUAAGAGCACCACAUUGAUUUUGGCAGAGGGAGGAUUUUUCUCUUUUGCUUUGUGCUUUCUUUUUGAAUUUUGAAUGAAACCUCCAUGUGGGUGAGGUGAGUUCCACAAAGCCAAGCAGAUCCAUGUGGGCCGCCAGGACACUCCUGGAGGACUUCUUCAUCUCCUUCCUGUUCACCCCAACUUCCCCGGCUGCCCGCUCCUUCUACUGGUAAUCCAAGUUUGGGCACAGUGAGCACUCAUCUCUCUGCUCAGAGCACCAGCUAACCAGAGAACAUCCUUUUAAACCACAAUGAGAGUAAUUUGAUUUUAUUUUUUUAAUUGAUGACUAGCAUUAGAAUAACUGUACCCUCAGCAUAAAGGAGAAGGUGCUCUUAACUGGAACAGCCCAGCAGCUGAGGCUGGCACAUUAAUAGCUAUGCAUAUUUCCCAAGGUUUUUCAUGCACUUUAUAUACAGGGAGGAAGAAUAUUUUAAUGCAGGAACUGUGAUUCGUUGUGAUUCGAGUUUCUCAUCUGCUGUGUUUGCUCAGUUCUGUGAGCUCAUGUGGUGUCUGGGAGCAGAGCUGUGUGGGUGGGUCCGAGAUGCGGCGGCAGGAUUUAGGCACAUGGUGGCAUUUGCUGCAAGCAGCCCAGGCAAUGCUUUGGGAAGGGUGUUUUGUGGGUUUUCUCCAGCCAAGCCAAGACUUUGUACUGUAUGAUGCUCCUGACUCUCCUGGUGUUUUGAUCUUGUCCCAGAUAAUACCUGCUCAGUUGAAGGGCCUUGGCUCUUUGCUUGUCAGCAGUGUACUUCAGUUGAGGAAGAUAGAAAUGAUUCCUGCAUGGGAAUAUUGCCCACAUCCUUAAGAAAGAAUGGUUUGUCCCGUGUCUCUUCCCCCACUGCUCAGCCUCGGAGGCUCAGCAUCACUUUGCUCUGCUACGAGCUGAGAACCCCACCUCGUUUUGCCUCACCAGUCAUCAAAACGCAUCCAAAACGAGCCCAGGUGUUGCACAGUCCUGCUCAUACCAUAAAGGAGCUGUCCAAGAGUCCUUCCUGUCCUGACACGUGUUGUCCUUACUCCGGUACUGGCAGUUCUUUGCACAAGAAGUUCAGUGUUUGCAGUGCCUUAUCCCUGGCUCAGCAAGUAAUGCAGCAACGUGGUUGGCUCAGCCUGAGCUCGAGUCUGCAUAGCUUGUAGGAAGUGAUGCUACACCAAGGUGCAGACAAGUUGUGCUACCCUUGAGCUGGAGUCGCAAGUUAAGUGUCUUGCUCCUACAUCCCCCUCAUCCCUCCCUGCUUUGGGUUCUCGCUCUGUGCCCUCCUGGCAUUUCUCACCCACAGGGCACUGGGGGUUUCCCUUUUCCACCCCCACUAACGCCUACUGUGUCUUGGGAGCCUCUCCCAGCUCAUCUUUCUGUUGAUUUUUUUUUUUUUUUGUAAAUGUAGUGGGUCUGUAUAUAAAGAGUGGCUAUUUACACUGUGGUAUUAUUACGUGUUGAUUGGUGUACUUUAAAUGAGCUAAAAUCCAAAGACACUUUGUAAUGAGCUGUAAAGUUUUUAAUUAUUUCUGUACAAUACUAAAUUGUAAUAUUGUGUUAUAUAUGCAAUGCAGCCUGCAGUACCUAAAUAAACUUCUUCUUUAGAACCCA